UCUAUUUAACGGUUCAGAUAACCCACGCGUACCCUGGAGCAACGUACUUCGGUGCUCCCUCGGUGUAUACUCUUGCAGUCGGAAAAAGAAAGCCUCCUCUCUCUCUCGAACAGCUGCAGUCAAUCCGAUCACCACCGUCCUUCAAACCAGUAUUCAUCCCCCAGCUAAGAAAAAGAGGAAUUGUGUGCUACUUGUGCUGUAAUUUCCUGAAAAGUUACAGAGAUCCGAAGCUACAGUUAUUGCGGUUUGUAACAAGAAGGUUGCCUUUCUUUCAUGAAUUUUUCUGGGUCAUAAUGAAGAGCAGUGGGAGGGUCUGGUAAGGAGCAGUUUCAUGAUUGUAUGCUAUUCGGAAGUUGAAAUGCCGCCCAGCCGGCAAUCCUCUCGAAUUGAUACUGUUGAUCUCAAAGCUCAGAUUGUUAGGAAACUAGGGCAUGAGAGGGCCGAGAAAUACCUCCAUCACCUUAGGAGUUUCCUCAGCCUUAAAAUCAGCAAGCGCGAGUUUGAUAAGCUAUGUUUUAUGACAAUUGGGAGGGAGAAUAUCACACUCCACAACCGGUUUAUUGCUUCCAUUCUCAAGAAUGCAUCCCUUGCCAAGGCACCCCCUGCCAAUCCAACCAAAGAAGAAGGUUCCUCAAAUGUGAAAUUUGCAAAUGGAUAUUCAAGAACUUUACAGUCUCUUUGCGGAGAUGCAUUUCCUUCAUCUCCUCGCAAAGGAAGGUCUACAAAUGCUCACGAUCGCAAGUUUACAGACCACCGGAGUCCUCUCGGACUCUAUGAAAAGAAUCAAGGCGCCAUGUAUGACGAAUUGAUCACAAAGGCUGUUGAAAAUGCAAAUACCACUGCCAAUUCUUUUGACUUAAGAAGGCCUCAAGAACUCAUAUCUAUCGGCAGCAAAGCUCUAGUUGAAGUUGCCUCUGUAGAAGAUGGGGAAGAGGUCGAACAAGCACCAGGAAGCCCGUGCAUUCAAAGCAGGAGCCCUGUCAGGGCACCUCUCGGCAUUUUAAUUAGUUCUGCUGGUGCACAUAAAGCUCUCCGUAACAGCUUGGGUGCGUUUCAUCUCCCAAGGAAAGACAUUCCCCAGACUUGUUAUAACAGUUCUGAGUUGCCCGAUGCGAGAACUCUGAAGGAACGUUUGGAGCGGAAGCUACAGGUUGACGGUCUUGGCAUUUCGGUUGAUUGCAUUAAUCUGUUAAACAAUGGAUUGGAUUCGUAUCUGAGGAGGUUGAUAAAGCCUUGUCUGGAAAUAGGACGAGCAAGGUGCAGUCAGGAACAGACAAGGCAGGUAAAUUGCAGGCCGGUACCUGGUGUGAAUGGUAUCUUGGCAGAUAGAUAUGUACAAAGAUCAGAUCAUUGCUUUUCGGCAUCAUUACUUGAUUUUCGGGUAGCAAUGGAGUUAAAUCCUCAGCUACUUGGUGAGGAUUGGUCAAUUCAGCUUGAAAAAAUAUGCUUCAGUACAUCUGAGAAAUAGCCUAGUGGUUUAAGUUUAUGUUUUAAGACCCCGUAAUGGAAAGUGAAGCCUUUAUGAUUAUAAACAUCAUGGAUCCACAUGUCAUGUCCUUCCGAAGUCAUGAAUCAUGCUGCAAGUAUUCUCCUAUUUAACUUCAACAGGCAAUUAUGAAGUAAUAUAUCAACAUGUCGGCCAGCACAGUCACAACCCACAUGGGAUUUUUUGGUGGGCCAGGAAUUGUUAUGGUGGUGGCAAUGUUGUGAGUUCUAAAUUCACUGUUUUAAGGGUGGAUCUUGAGUUUCUUCCAUGAUCAUUUUUUACAAGCUCUUUUGGGGGAAAAUAAGUUGGGAAUGCCUACUGAAGGUUUGGAACAGUGUAACAGAUUGGGCAUGAUUAUCAGUGGUCAUGAUCUAGUGGUGGUGGGGUCUGCUCUCUGACAGUAAAAUGUAAAUCUCCUUACUCAAUUUUUAAGUAUCUAUGAGUUAUUUAGGUUCUUACUGAUAUCUGUUGCUUGUUUACUGUAUUGAAACAGUGGGUGUAAAUAAAGCUUUAUCUUCAGAGUUUCUGCCA